AUGGAAACAGUUGAAUCCCAGCAGGAUGGAUCAGAUUCUAGUGAAUCUGCUCAUAUGCAGACUCAGACUGGUCAAAAUUCAAUCCCUGGUUUAGCUCAUCAGCGAUUGCAGAGACAGAUGAGUCUGCAGAAUCAGAAGGUGUGA